AUGAGCUUUUCAGAUCAAGAAUUUUCGUUUUGCUACGGUAUUCCGAUGAAGGUGAUAAAAAGAAUGAGAGAGCGUUCUUCAACAAACUCUCAAAUUAAUCCAUUUACAUCUAAUUUGACUGUUCCAAGAGAUGAACGCGAGCCACGAAAAAGAAUAUCAGCUGAAGCUGGCAGCAUUGAUAGCAUAGGCUGGCUUGCAAAAAUCCGAAAAUUGAAUCAACAGAGCAACCCGCCUAAAACCGCAAUCCGUGUAACCCCACUUCGCCCUGUUUGUUUGUUACAUCCUAUGUACUACCAAGAUGAAGAAAAAGAUUAUAAAGCUCCAGAAUUUCCGCAAGUGAUCAAAGAGUUCUGUGCAGAUAUUUCAGUUGAUUUGAGCACUAUAGAGUGGAAAAACUAUGAAACUGUUGAAAAACUUCUCAAGGAGUGCGAUGAAGAAAAAUUUGCGAAAUUCAUGAACUCACAAUUUUACAAAACAGUUUGGCAUUCUUCUGCGCUGGAUGAUAGCGCUGGAAAGAGUCCAAACUACCUGCCACCUAUAAUGCGACAAAAAGCUUUCCAACACGCUUUCGAUCGCGCUUGGAAACUGCAAAAAAUAAACAAAACUCUUACUGAAACAAUUAUUAACUGCAAACGUUCAACACAUCAUUUGAACCAAAUGCCGGAAGAAGAAGAGAUUGAAACAAUCUCCGUUUAA